UGUGUUACCUCUAGCGUACCGCUUAAUGAGAGAGUGAAAGAGAGAGAGAGAGGUGUUGUUGAUAUUGUAAACCGGUGACAGGUAUCGUCCCUUACGUCGUGUCCUUCUUAUCUUACCUCCGGUACUCCCCUUGAUGGUGUGUAUAAAAAGAGAAUAGAAGAUGACGCGAGGCUGAGUGAGUUUAACGGGAAGAUGCUCCUCGUCAGUGUGCCUGUGCUCCUUCUGCUUUUGGUAGUCGGUAAAGAUGCGGCUGACCUCCCCGCGACAGACGCGUCGUUUCUCCCGGACCUGGAGCUGCGUAGCGGCGGACAACCCGGUCCGUCGCUACCCGCUUCUCCGACCACCUCUCUAGACCGCUUCCAGGUUCAGCCCCGGGAGGAGUAUGCCUCGCCGGGUAUUGCCUUGGCCCGGUCCGCCGAGGAACCGUCCGCGACCACGGAGGACGGCGGCGAGUCGCACCGCCACGGCGGGGGGUUUCAGAUGGUGCAGUGGGAAUGGAGCUACGUUCAGACGCCUUACAUUAUCGCGAUAUGGAUCCUGGUGGCCAGCGUCGCGAAAAUCCUGUUCCACUUCUCCCAGCGGUUCACCACGGUGGUCCCAGAGAGCUGUAUGUUGAUCUUACUGGGCCUGGUACUGGGUGGCAUCGUACUGCUGACCAGUAAGAAACAGCUGUACCAGCUAGAGCCUGGCCUCUUCUUCCUCUUCCUCCUGCCAACCAUCGUAGGUGACGCCGGGUAUUUCAUGCCCGCGAGGCUCUUCUUUGACAAUCUGGGAGCAAUCUUACUGUAUGCUGUGGUGGGAACUCUCUGGAAUGCCUUCUGUACAGGCUUCUGCCUCUACGGGGUCAAACUGAUGGGGAUCAUAGACCAGAAGGUUCAGGCAGGUCUGAUGGAGUUCCUGUUGUUUGGAGCGCUGAUCUCUGCGGUGGACCCAGUGGCGGUGCUGGCCGUGUUCGAGGAGGUCCAAGUCAACGAGACCCUCUUCAUCAUCGUCUUCGGAGAGUCCCUGCUCAACGACGCCGUUACCGUGGUGUUGUAUAAGGUGUACAUGUCCUUCGUGGAGGUGGGCCCUGAGAAUGUUCAGACAGCUGACUAUUUCAAAGGAGUGGCCUCAUUCCUCAUCGUCAGUAUUGGGGGGACCAUGGUGGGUCUUAUCUUUGCUGCUCUCCUAGCCUUCAUCACACGUUUCACCAAGAAGGUCCGCAUCAUUGAGCCUCUAUUGGUGUUCCUCAUGGUCUACCUGGCCUACCUCACCGCUGAGCUCUUCUCUCUGUCCGCCAUCUUGUCAAUGACGUUCUGUGGUAUCGGCUGUAACAAGUACGUGGAGGCCAACAUAUCCCAGAAAUCUCGUACCACGGUGAAGUACACGAUGAAAACCCUGGCCAGCAUCGCCGAAACCAUCAUCUUCAUCUUCCUGGGCAUCUCAGCCGUGGACAAGUCUAAGUGGGCCUGGGACACAGGACUCAUCUCCUGUACGCUCAUCUUCAUCUUCGUCUUCAGGGCCCUGGGUGUGGUCAUGCAGACCUGGGUGUUGAACUGGUUCCGCCUCGUCCCAUUGGACAAGAUCGACCAGGUGGUGAUGUCGUACGGUGGCCUGCGAGGGGCGGUGGCGUUUGCCUUGGUGGUGCUGCUGGACGAGAGGGUCCCAGCUAAAGACUACUUCGUGGCCACAACCAUCAUAGUGGUUUUCUUCACUGUGAUGUUCCAGUGGAUGAUGUGUGGUGGUGGAUGA